CAGAGUCCGCGCCAUCAAUGAUGUCAGUUCACGGACUGUCGGAGUUUCUGCUUGAUCGCAGGCCUUCUGCCGGCCGCCAGCGGGCGGGCGGGCAGCGCAGAAAAAAAGGGGAGGAAAAGUGUGUUUACACAGACGGUAAACCGCCUGGGGAAUCGCAGGGGGAGAGGAAGUCAGCCGGCUCUGUGUCUGCCUUCUCCAACUUCCUGCUCAGAAGAAGAAAAAAGCGCAGGAUCCUAUUUCAGUCCGGCACAAGCGUGCAGAGCAGGAGUAAGCAUGGAAAAACAAGGACUCAGGAAAGCUUCGCCCUGAACUUCUUUCACGGAGAAAGAAAGAAAAAUCAACUCGGAGAUCGAAGGCAUGGACAGCGCCAUCACUCUGUGGCAGUUCCUGCUGCAGCUGCUGCUGGACCAGACUCACAAACACCUGAUAUGCUGGAUGUCCACGGACGGCGAGUUCAAGCUCCUCAAGUCUGAGGAAGUAGCCAAGCUGUGGGGCCUCCGCAAGAACAAGACCAACAUGAACUACGACAAGCUGAGCCGGGCCCUGCGCUACUACUACGACAAGAACAUCAUCAAGAAGGUGAUUGGCCAGAAGUUUGUGUACAAGUUCGUCUCCUUCCCUGAGAUCCUGAAGAUGGACCCACAGGCGGUGGAGAUGGGCUUGGCGUCUGGACGGCUUCCUCUGCAGGAAGGCAAGGCCCAUGAGCUGGAAGCAGAAGAGGAGGAGGAGGUGGAGAGUGAGGAGGAGACACAGAGGAGGACCCAAGGAGCUCUGUCGCAGCAGUGCCGGAGCAACUACAUCCACUCAGGACUGUACUCCUCCUUCAGCAUCAGCUCCCUGCAGACCCAGUCCGAGUUCCUCCGCGCUCUGCGGGAGCACCAGGAGGAGCCGCGCUCCGUCAUCCGCUUCGGCACCAACGAAAGGAGCUCUCCCCCUCCCGUCAAAUCCGAGUCCAGGCCGUCCAAACUGCUCUCCCUUCCCCCGUCCUCGCCCCCAACCCAACCUGGUCGAAGCUGGAGCCCCACCGCCGCCGAGGAUGAGGAGGAGGAGGACAAGGCGGCGGACUCUGACCAGAACGCGCAGCCCCUCAACCUCUCCUCGGGGCACAGGGAGCGCGCCCUGCAGCCCCCUGAAAAGAGGAGCAGCGACAGUAGAAACCCUUCUACCAACCAAGGAGAUGGACUCCCACCUAAAAGCAAAAAGCCCAAAGCUCUGGAGAUCUCGCCCCCAUCCCUGCUCUUGUCAGGGAGCGACAUCGGCUCCAUCGCCCUCAACAGCCCCGCCCUGCCGUCCGGCUCGCUCACUCCCGCCUUCUUCGCGGCGCAGACUCCCUCAGGUUUGCUGCUGGCUCACAGUCCGCUCUUGUCAGGCAUCCACUUCUGGAGCAGCCUGAGCCCCGUGGCGCCCCUCAGCCCCGCCCGGCUGCAGGGCCACAGCUCGCUCUUCCAGUUCCCCAGCCUAAUCAACAGACACAUGCCUGUCCCCCUGCCAAACCUGGAAGGAACACCCUCCUCUCUGCUCCUGUCACCCACCACCCACAAAUCCUGAUCCAGAAACCUCCAUCUUCCUACAUCCGGGUGGACAUUUUCUCAUCGGUUGUGUUUCUAUGUCGAAUUCUGCUUCAGAAAUUAGACCGGACCUCAUUGUCUUUUUGCACUUGAAUUGUUCUGUUUCUAGUUGUUUUUUUUUCUUUUUUUAAGCACUUGGUUGAAGCCAUACUCCACGUUGCCUGUGAGGAGAACACAGAACAUUCCUGUCCUCCGUGCACAGAAUGACAUGCAGCUCUGUCUGUGCAGGACUUUGAUGUACAAAUAUAUAUUUUUUUCUCCCUUAAAUGUUAAUCACAUGUGACUGUCUCACCUGUGUGACAUCACAGGUCAUGUAUGCACUAUGCUUCUCUGCCGGCUGUGCCUUGUUCCAAUUUUUUUUUUUUACUUUAUUUUGAAAUCUUUGAAUGAAGACGAGAUUAAAAGUCAAAGAAAACCUUUCUAACUGUUUUUUUAUAUACUGGACUUAGCAUACAAUAUGUAUUCUGAAUAUUUUUUUGUAUUGUGAAGAAUGUCAUUUUCAAUAAAAGCAUUGAAUGCUUGAAUGCAUUUUUUUAUAUAUUUUGCAGAAAAAAAAAAUAAAAGACGGAAACAGGUUUAGAUUUGUCAACUUUAAAUUUAAUUUUUCUUUACUCUGAAAAUAAAACUCAAAAAAGGAAGGGAAGAGAGGGAGACAAAAUCCCACACAAACAAUUAUUCACAAAUAAAGAAAAUACAAAACGUCGUAUAACACUGUUAAACAGAACAGACUCGUUAGGGGGCGGGGCUUCAGUGACCGUCACACGACAGAGCAGGCAUGCAACAACAACAGAGGCAAUCCAGAGAAAAGAAGAUGUUUUUUUAACUCUUGAUGGAGAUGGGAAUGAGAGGGAAACGCACAAAAGCAGACUCGCUGGUUGCUCCUCCUCUUUAGUUUAGAUGGAAAAACAAACAAUGGAGGUUAAUCCCAAAUGUACAUGGUUCUAAAUCUCUCGCUGUAAUGCCCUCGCCAGCCUCUGCGUUUGUUCGUUGGUCACGGCUGAGACCUCAGCAUCCCGGAAUGAUACGCAAGCCUCAGACAAGAAUGUGGAUUUUUUUUUCCUUUCUGCUCUCGUGUCGGCCUCCCGUCAGGAUGAAAGCCGUCGCUUUAUCAAAGCGGACGGUGAUGGCUCCACAAGGGAGGAGGCGACUGACCCCACAUCCACCCCCGCUGAGCUGCUACACAAACACCCCACGACCGUGAGCCUCAAACACACUUCUCUGUAUGAAAAUGUAACACCAAAAAAAAAAAAAAAAA